AUGACCAGCAACACUCCAGUUGAGAAGUCCGUGAUGGACUUGAUCGACCUGUUCCACAAAUACACCAAACCUGAUGACAAGAUUGACAAGCCGGGCGUGCUGAAGAUGCUGAAGGAGAAUUUCCCCAACUUCCUCAAGGCCUGUGAUAAAAGGGGCAAAGAUUUCUUGGCCCACAUCUUUGAGGACCACGACAAGAAUAAGGAUAAGAAGAUCGAUUUUUCCGAGUUCCUGUCGAUGUUGGGAGUCAUAGCCACGGACUACCACAAUCAUAGCCACGGAGCCCCUCUUUGUUCUGGGGAUGAUCAGUGA